UGGGAGGGGCGGCUGCGGGGGGUGGGGGGGGGUUGGGGAGCGGCCCCGCGGAAGCGGAACGGAGCCACGGAGAGAGCGAGGCUGCAGCAGAGCGACCUCAGAACCAGCUGCGAGAGCUUCUGAACCCCCAGUACACAUCUGUGGGGUCAUGGAGUUCCGCAACAGGAGCAUCAGGCGAUGGAUGGAGGGGUACCAUGGAAUGAUGGAGCUCCAGGAUGAGCACAAGAACCCGUGGGUGAAGGAGUUCCCAGACGUGUGGGCAAGAUACGACUUGGACUGCGGGCUGGUGGCUGAGGAGGAGGACGUGACCUGGGAUCAUCGAGUGCCGUGCCAAAAAGAGAAAUCACUCCUGCCAGACUUGGAGAGACAGAUGGCCUUGCUGUUGCAACAGAUGCUGGAGGAGGGCAUCGUGGUGCAGGGCAGGUCGCCCUACAACAGCCGUCUGCACCUCUUCUCCAAAAAAAAUGGGGAGAUGCGGCUGACGCUCGACUUCAAGGCCAUCCACAAAGUCAUCCCCCGGCAGCCGACGGAGUCCCUGCACAAGACGGAGGUGGUGAGAGUGCUCAGCCCUCACAGCCGCUAUUUCUCCACCCUCGAUCUGUCCUGCUCCUCCUUCGCCAUCCCGCUGACGGCCGCCUCCAGGCUCAGGUUCGCCUUCACCUUCCGAAGGCAGAAGUAUCUGUUUGCCCGCCUGCCACCAUGCUUCUACCUCACCAACAGCAUCGUCCACCGCCGCGUGGCCCGCAUGCUGGCCCAGCUGCCCCCAGAGGACAAAGGCUGGGUGUCUUCUUACGUAGAUGAUAUGAUCAUCGCUGGGAGAACCCGUGAGGAGACCGCAUCCCGCACAAGGAGGGUUCUGCGGCUGAUCCAAGACACUGGUUUUAAAGUCAAGCUGCGGAAGGCGCAGCUGGUGCAGCCUGAGGUGGACUACCUAGGGAUGAAGCUGUCGGCACGCGGCCGGGAGCUGCCUGCAAGCAAACGGGAGCACAUUACGAAGGUCCCAUCCCCAUCGGACCCGAGCAGCCUCUGCUCGCUGCUGAAGAUGCUAUACUGUUAUCAGGACCAUGUGGAAGACUAUGCAAAGCUGGAGCUGCCCCUGCAGAAGCUGGUGAACAAGGAGUGGCAAUGGGGCCAGAAGCAGCAGCAGGCGCUGCGGAAGCUGAUACAGGCCAUCCUGACAGCGCCGGCGUUGCGCUUCAUCGAUCGGUCGCAGCCAUUCAUCAUCAGGCCAACGGUGAGCAAUCAGACCACGGGGGCUGCUCUGCUGCAGGAGAAUGAGAAGGGGCAGAUGGUCCCUGUCUGGUUCAAGUCCAAAGUGCUGAAGAAGCAUCAGGUGUUCUAUUUGCCCAAGGAGAAGCACUGUGUUGCGGUGGUCAGAGCAGUGGAUGCGUUCCAGGAUCUCAUAGGGCCAGCUCCAAUCAUCAUCCAAAUGCCCUGUUCUCCUUGGAAGUACCUCCUUUGGGGUGACACCAAGACCUUCUGCUGGCCGACCCCCUGCAAGAAGCAGUGGAACUUGCUGCUGGUCAAUGGGGGGAAAAACAUCCCCACAGCCCCACAGCCCUCACGAGCGCUGGUGCACCUUGCACGUCCCCUACAACAGGUACCAUCCAGUGUGCCCCGCAGAGAUAUUUGGUUCACAGCGGGGAGCUGGGCCUGCACGGCAGCCUUAGGCUUUGCUGCCACCAACCUGGAGGAGCGCUGGCUGUUGGGGUUGAUGCAGCAUGGCUCGCCGGCGGACGUGGAGCUGGAGGCCAUCAGGGUGCUGCUGCAGGAGCACCGGAGCUCCAAGCCCUUGUACAUCUAUGCCAACGCCCAGAGCGUGGUGCAAGGGCUGUGUGAUGGGGACAGUAAGGACAGAAGCAAUGAGCAGUUGUGGCAAAGCGUCUUGCAGUGGGUGCAUGCCAACCCGGGGGUGCUGCAUGUUGGGUACGGUAGGGAUGGGAAGCAGCUGGAGUGGAACCGGAAGGUGGUGGAGAGAGCGCAGAGCAUCCAAAUGUGGGUGUUGUCCGCUCGUGGCCAGCGGGUGUGGGAGCCAUCCAAGUACGAGAGGCAGGAGAUCGUCGCCCUCAGCCAUAUCGGGCACGUGGAGGUGAGGAAAAUGCUGAACAGGGUAUGGCAGGUGGCAUGCUGGGAAGGGGACCACGAGCAGGUGGCCCAGUGGGUGCAGCGCUGCAGCUGCACCAGUACCUCCCCGCAGCCCCAGCGCACGGAGGGGCCGUGGUCGCGGCUGCAGCUGGCCCAUAUCAAGGGCCUGCCCCGCUCCUCAGAGGGCUAUUCCUCCCUGCUGGUGCUGCUGGAUAAGUUCUCGAGGUGGGUGGACGCCUUCCCAAUUCAAAAAGGCAAAAUGGAGGAGGUGGUCGAGCUGCUGCGAGUGCACGUGGCACACCGGUUGGGGAUGCCGUGCUGUGUCAGCGUGGGGCACCGCGAGCAUUUCCUGCGGGACGCGGUGCAGAUGGGGCUGCAGAUCGAUGUGGAUGUGCAAUACCCACCACCCAAUUGGGUGACAGCCAUCACCACCAGCCUGCAGCGGCUGGCCCAAAGCGCGGGCAAACACUGGGCAGACAACUUGUCACUCAUCUUGGCCGCCCUUAGGGCCACAUAUGUGCACAGCGAGGUGCUCGGCCCCUACCAGCUCUGCUUCCAUCACCCGCUGAUCCUCAGGAUCACCCCCAUUGAGGGAGAGGCAGCGCCAGGCCCCACCAAGCCCCUCCUGCCCUGGUUGGCGCGGCUGCGGGAGGACAGGGCUGAGUACAAGCAGAAGGUGGAGGAGGCCAUGGAGAGUGUAGACAGUGAUGCUGAGUAGGGCUCGGGGCUGCAGGAUGGUACUAGUCCUGUUGUAGAAUCAGAGAACCAUUCAGGUUGGAGAAUAUCCCUAAGAUCACCAAGUCCAACCCCAUCAUGUCCGCUGACCAUGUUCCAUGCCACUGAUGUCCAGACCUGUAUCCUUUGCCUGAACCUGUAGUUUGGAGGCUCCACCAACCUAUGCCACUGAUAAAGAAUCAUAGAAUCAUUAAGGUUGCAGAAGACCUCUAAGAUCUCCAAGUCCAACCACAAUCCAUCCCCACUGUGCCCAAUAACCAUGUCCCAUGCCAUUGAUAUCAUAGAAUCAUAGAAUGGCCUGGGUUGAAAAGGACCACAUUGAUCAUCUAUUUCCAACCCCCUGCUGUGUG